UCUGUGACAGAGAGAGAACAGUUCACUUUGCUGCAGCUGCAUUACCUUGUGUGACACCCCUCAGCAUCUUUCACUGUGCACUUUUGGGUUUGACAGCAUGGUAUCAAGGCUGGUCUUCCUACUUCUCUGUGGAAAUAUUGCACUCCUACUUGGAAAAGCUCAGAAAUUGCCAAGAGUCAAAAGACAAAGCCUGAAAGUUCAGAUCAAUGUGACUAGUGAUGGAAUAUGCAUGAGAUAUAUUCGACCCAGUCCAAGCACCAAACUGGAAGGCUUCAUCUUGGGGUAUGGCAGCAGCUUCUUCUCUAACCAGUAUAUUUCUCUGCCAUCAGAUGGAAAAUCUUACAUGACUGAAGUUGAUGCAGAGCCAAGAUACUUGAUUUCUGUGAGACCAAUGCCUGUUCCAAAUUACAAGAAACCUUGUUCAGGUAAAACACAUACACCCAAACCCCUCCAGUUGGUAAUAGGCACUUUAACUCCAACUUCUGUCUUCUUGUCCUGGGGAAUCUUAGUCAACCCAAAACAUGACUGGACCACAAUGAAUAACUGUGGAAAUGACAGAUUUUAUACAGUUCGCUACAGAGAAAAAGACAAGAACAAGAAGUGGGUUCUCCAGCUUUGCCCCACAACAGAAACAGUGGUGGACAAUCUGAAACCUAAUGCAGUUUAUGAAUUUGGAGUGAAAGACAAUACAGAUCAUGGAAUCUGGAGUAAGAUUUUCAGUCACAAGGUGGCUAUGCCUAGUAAAAACAAAGAAAAUGGACAACUCCAGAAUAAUUACAAAUUACCCAGUAUCCAAACACAGUUUAUACCAGGAGAUUCAAAAGUGCUGCAUCCAGUUACAAUAAUCAAGCAAGUACUUCAAAAUGUUACACAUCGGACAAAGUCUAAAAUCCCAGAGAAGUCUCCUUUGGCAGGACCAAUAUUAGUGCACCUCAUUGUUCCAGAUUUCAAUGGAACUCAACAGAAGCUGUCAUCACCUUUCACGCUGGAUGUACCUGAAAGACCACAGAAGAUAUCAAUGAAGAAUGAAACACAAGAAUGGCCUGCAGAAUCCAAAACACCAGAAGUGCAAGAAAUCUCUCCACAAUCUCAGCCUGCUAUGACUGGACUGGAUUGGGAAAGCAGCAAACCUACAGCUCCAAGUGUCUUGGAAGAAUCUGAGAGCUCACCAGCACACACUGAGAGUGAACUGGAAUCUUCAGAAGAUAGCAUAACCUCUAUGGCUGAAUUGCCACUUGACAUACUGGCUCCAUACAAGUUUCCAGAAUUUCCUAAAGCAAAAACAUCUCCUACCUACCCAGUGCCCACUGAAACUUUAGCUUCAAGUGAAAUACAGUCAAUUCUUUCAGAACCCCAAACACCUGCUCCAAAAAGCACAUGGACAAAGCAAGAUUUCAGCAAAACACAACCUGCUCUUUCACAGCCUAGAACAUCUGAUGAGACUGGCAUAUCAGACUCCAAAACAGUAACAAAUGAACCCACACCGGAGUAUUUCACACCUAAAACAACUAAACCUCUUGACUGGCCAAAGUCAACCCUGGGUCCAAAAGUGAAAGAACAUGUUUCCAAGCCCAAAACAACAAUUGGCCCUCAUGUGCUACACACUAAGCCUGUUCUAAAACCUAUUGUCUUUGAAAUGGAGCCACCAAAAACAGAAAUAGAAGAGAGACACCCUGUGCCUACUAGACCUAAAACCUGGUUCAGCACUGACAUGUCACAGACUAAAUCCGGCAUGGAACCAGUGACCUUUAGACCUGAGCAACCAAAAUCAACUCUAGCUCCUAAAGAAACAAGUCGAGUUCCUGCCAAGUCAAAAACAUCUCCUAGCCCCGGUAUAAUGAGAACCAAACCUAGUUCAAAAGGCAGCCGUCGUGUUUCAUCCAAGCCUAAAACACCAUCCAGUCCCAAAGUACAUCCAACAAAACCAGAAACAAUUCCAUUCUCUUCAGGCCUUAUAACUACCAUGAUACCUCAUAUUCCUGAAAAGGCAAAGGCAACACUGGCUUCAACAUUGGAACAGUUCAUUCCUAAUAAAUCAAAGCCAUCUACCAAGCCAAGAAUGCUAGAAACAAAACCUGCAGUACAUCAAACAACCUCUCAACCGUUUGUAAUAAAACCUACCCUAUCUUCUGAACAAAUAAAGACAGCUAUGGCUCCAAAAGAAACAUGGUUUAUUUCUUCUAAACCCAAAACAUCUGGCAAACUAGAUGUUCUUCUGAGUAAACCUGCACCAGCUGUGAUAUACCCAACGUAUCCAGGAGCAAUUAACCUUCAUAUUCCUGUUUUCAAUCAUCCCAAAGAUCUUUUGGUUUCUACCAAGCCCCGUAGCGAUGUAACAACAACUGAAAGUCCACAUUUGAAAAAUGCACCAUAUAAACUAUAUGUCACUACAGUGAAACCUAAGACAACUGAUAAAUCACCUUUCAGGCAUGUUGUAAGUAAAACAACACCUGUUCCAGGUAGAACACGAACACCUGGAGGACCAACAUGGAAUAAACCAUCAAGAGGUGACAAAUUAACCAACCAGGAUGCUGUCAGGCUUUCCAGCACAAGUUCUAGUAUAAGCUCCAACACAUCACUUCAUUCCUCAGUUGUAAGAAAAAAAUCAGACCCUGUAGCUACACCACCUGACCCUCCACGACCUCCCUUAGUUCCUGCCAAACCUACACCAGUUCGAAGAAAACCUUUGCCACCAAACACUGUGACUGGUAAACCUGGGCGUUCGGGAAAUGUCUUGAUACCACGAGCUUCUUCAUUUUCAACAGCAUCUUCCCCAAUAAAGCCUACUGGGCCAACUAGUCUUGCAAAAACAAGUUCACAUAAAAAGCCACCUACAGCAGCAUCUUCUCCAGAUUAUAGUAAUCCAAUGUUCAGCUCACUUCCUACAACAGAGACUGAUAUUGCAGGCACACCAAGGUAUAUAGGUGAACAUGUGAAGUACAUGAAAAAAGAUGGAGAUAAACCAUGUUCCAUCACUGAUACUCUCCAACAUUUUCCAGUAGAGGAUGGUGAGGGUACAGAUAUAGCCACCAGUCCUCCACAGAAGCCUCCAACAAACCUCACUGUGGUGACUGUUGAGGGCUGCUCAUCCUUUGUUAUACUGGAUUGGAAACCACCACAGAAUGAAACUGUUACAGAAUAUAAAGUUGUAUCAACUGAAAAUGGGAGCUCGGGUGAAAAAGACAUGUCUAUUAUAACUACAAAUCAAACCCAUUCUACUGUGGAAAACUUGAAACCAAACACAAGUUACGCAUUUCAAGUGAUACCUAGCAAUCCCCUUGGUGAAGGUCCAAGUAGUGAAGCAAUACCAUUUAAAACCGAAUCAGCGGACCCAAGAGUCACCGAGCCAAUUUCACUGGGAAAAGAUGCAAUUUGGACUGAAAUCAGAUUUAAUUCUGAUACGUAUUCUGAAUGCAAGGGGAAGCAAUAUGUCAAGAGGACAUGGUACAAGAAGUUUGUUGGUGUACAACUAUGCAAUUCUCUCCGAUACAAAAUUUACCUCAGUGAUUCACUUACAGGUAAAUUUUAUAAUAUAGGAGACCAGAGAGGACAUGGAGAAGAUCAUUGUCAGUUUGUGGACUCCUAUUUAGAUGGAAGAACUGGGCAACAGAUUCCAUCAGAUCAACUACCUACCAAAGAAGGUUUUUUUAGAGCUGUUCGGCAGGAACCUGUCCACUUUGGAAAAAUAGGAGCUGGGACACAUGCUAAUUACGUUCAUUGGUACGAGUGUGGUACAACAAUACCAGGAAAAUGGUAGGGAAAAACAAUGAUGAACUGAACAGUGAAAGAUUGGAUACAGCUAUGACUGUCACAGAGAAACUCAGAAAUGGAAAUGUGUCAUUCAGCAUACUUGUUACACUAAUGACAAUAAGUGUCUUAAAUGUUCAAUAUUAUUGGCUGAUUUAAAGUUGUCGAGAUUUACAGAUCCUUUGUAGGAAGAGUUAGAAGAUGUCAUAGAAGGAUGUCUUGGGAAGCUGGCUCCCUAUUAGUCUUUUAUGGUACCAUCUACAUAGUUUAAAAGAUGUAGUUUAUUAUUUAUCAGUGUUGCAACAUUCUGAGGCACCUUUAUUGAAAAGUUGGUAAGGAACAAGUAUGUAUUCUGAGCUUUACUGAAGCAUACUGCCCAAAUUCAUGUUCUUGUUCAUUUUCAAACACGUUAAAUUAUUCAGUCAGGUUAGCCGUUGAAUAAUGUUCUGCUAUUUCAUAUGUACAUUUUUGAAAAUAAUCAGCUGUUCAGCUGGUGAUGCUAGAUGUACAUUUGCACUCAGAUACUCUGCAUUGAGGAAAACAUUGCAAAACUAUGCCAGUGAACCACACUAACAACCAUUCUACCAUGGAGAUGUGUGGUAAAAUGCUCAUGACUAGCAUUAACUGACCACGCGCAACGGAACUUUAUUAUGGAGAAACAAUCAUGUGCCAUUAAAGGCAGCUCCUCAUUACAAGAGUCCUGCAUGACUGGAGUUCACUGAAAGGCCUCGUAAAUGGAAGCUAUCCAUCUUUGUAGAUUUUUCUCUAAAGAAAAUUCUUUUUUGCUCUGCUGCAAAGAUAAAAGGCAACCAUUUGCAACUAAGACCUGUGACAGCAGCAAACAAGAUAAGAGUAUUACAUGUGCAACCUUAAAACAAGCCUGUAAUCAGUAAGAUCAAUACCUGGCAAAAAUGGUGUGUUCUGACAUGGAUAACCAUGUGUAAAGUACAUAUGAAUUAUGCCUCUUACGAAAGGCAAGUUUCAACUACAACCUUUUUCUUUAAAAUACACCUGUCUAGAGACUGAUUCACUUUUUUUCCAAGAAAAAUGUUCGUCAAAGUACCAGCAAGUCCACACAUGAUUGGCACACUAUAUCUAAGAAGCAGCCAACAGAUUGUCACAUCGAUAAACCAGAUUUACAUGUACCUUUGGCAUACUAGUAUGGUCAUGCAGUUUUAUCUGAGUCAAGUGUAUAUUAAUGCAGUUGUUAGUGAAAUAAUGCGUAGAAUGAAUUACUUCCAAAGCAAAGACACCUAUAUGUUAAUUGUAUUUUUAAAAUACCAUCUUCUUUAUAUAAAAUUAAAGAAUAAUGUGAUCUGCUCUGUAGAAUGGCAAAAUUCUUUCCCCUCUAUACCAAGUGCUAUAUUUGUAUUGCUUAAACAUGUAAACAUUAUAUAUAAAGAGAUGUAGGUUUUAAGGAUGUUUAUUCAAUGUAAGAAAAUAUAAAGAAGGAAUACAAGGAAUAUUUGGGUUUGUUGAUUGUAAAAAAAACUUCUAAGUACAUUGC